AUGCUGUUGCUGCUGCUGCUGCAGGUCUUGGCGAGCUGCCUCUGGCUGGGGCGCAGUGAGGUGGUGACAUCCUUUGAAAGUUCCUGCCCUCAGUUUUUCUUCCGGGAAACUCCCCCAAAUGAAGCCCUGGAGCCGGAGAGCCCAGCUUGGAUCUGCCAGCACUACCAGAACCAGUAUUUCUUCGCCACCCUCUAUGACAGAAAACGGCGUAUUCCUGUGUACUCCGCUUACGUCUACCAGCCUGCAUCUGGCAAAAGACCUAAAACGUGGAUGGUUGAACCCCAGCUGAUUGGUCCAACUUAUCCCAAAUCUAUGGAAAGAGAGUACACCCUCUUAAAGUAUUCCAAAGUCAGCUUAGAGGAAAUCAGCAACAGCCAGGCGAUUCUCCAAGACUACAAGAACUUGACAGGUUUGAACCGUGGCCAUUUGAACCCCAGCAGCCAUCACUCCAACACCACCAGCAGGACGGCUACCUUCACCCUCACCAACAUCGUGCCCCAGAAUGAGAAACUCAACGGCGGUGCCUGGAAUAACUACGAGCAGCAAAUGAUGAUCACGAGGACCAAGGGCUGUAACACCACCUACGUCGUCGUGGGAGCUGUGCCUGGGAACAGCUAUAUUGCCAAGGGGAGAGUUAAUAUACCCAGCCACAUCUGGUCGGGUGUGUGCUGCGAGGUGGACACCAACCACAGGAAGGCUUGGGCGGUCAUUGCCGAGAACGACAAGAACGAGGUGCAGGUCCUCACUCUGGGGGAGCUGGAGAAUGAGUUGACCCAGCUCUAUGGGAGGGACCAGGUUUCUCUGUUUGACAGCAGCUGUCCCCGAUAA